AUGGAAUGCGCACCCGAGGAACCGGGCAAAAUGACCGCGGAGAAAGCUCUCGAGCUUAACGAGGUAGCGGCAAUUUGCGGUCCACCACGUCAGCAAGUAUGCAAAGGGAAGGAACAGCUGACAGUGAGCCAAGAGGAGGAAGUGAAAGCACCUAGGCUUGCGGCUGGUACUGCAAGACACAUGAUCAAAUUGCCAUACCUGGCCAGAGUGGGGGGCAAAGGCUUAUCGCGGCGAGCAUUGUUCUGGACUGCAAGGCAACCGCCGUACGCUCAUCAGACGGGCGUCGCCGGUGCUUUGCGAAAUGUGGGACAUCGGCUCUCGACUUUUCUUGGACGGCGACUUUACCGGAAGUGUAUCGUCCAACGCUCAAAAGAGACGACGUGA